GCCGCCGUUGACAGCGACACGGCACGGGGUGGUGGCGGGCGGCCGAUGUGCAGAGCCGGAGGCGCCCUUGGGUAGCUCCUCCUCCUCCACCUCCUCCACUUCCUCCGCCUCCUCCGCCAUCGUCAAGCGCAAGUCGUCACCGAUGGAGGGGCUCUCCGGCCUCGCCAAGCGCUCCAGAGUCGCGGAUUGGUGGGAGCCGACAUUGGGAGAAGCCGGCAAACCCACGGGGGCACCGACCCACGGCGGCAGCGGUAACCCCAUCCGGAGCGGCGGGGCGCCAUCUCCAGCCGGCGGCGGGGACGGCGGGGACGGCGGCGGCACCGUCGGUGGGGACGGGCACCGCCAGGGGGAGCCGGAUGCGAGCGACGCGACGGAGGGGAACGGGGAGCCGCUACGUCUCCGCGAGCCGGGCGCCGGCGCUGCCGUCGAUGCCUCGGGGCGCCAGCCCCACCCCACGCGGGAGGACGACGAUGACGACGAUGACGGUGACGACGAGCAGCGUGAUGGGAACAUCGAAGGGAGACAGAAAGCCGGUGGUGGUGGUGGUGGCGGUGGGGGUGGUGGUGAUGGCAGUGAGGGUGGGGGCGGCCUCUGGGUGGGGGGCUCCCGCGUGACGCUGCAGUGGCUGCCCCAUUUGCAAGAGGCCCAAUGGGUGGACGGCGCUGGGGUGGACGGCGCUGGCGAGGAGCCUGGGGCUGCUCGUGACGCCGCGAGUUCCGCGCUGCCCGCGGUUCGCUUCCGGCCGCUGGGAAUCAAGACGGAGAACGGCGACGACGGAAUGGACGGCACCCGCGGGGUUUGCCGCGGCAACUCCGCCAGCAGCACCGGUGGCACCGGCGCCGCAGCGAUCGUGGAGGAGGAGGAUGCCGCUGGGCUCGUCGUCGUCACCACCACUUCUACCUCCUCCACCUCCUCCACCUCCUCCACCUCCUCCACUGUCGUCACCACCUCCUCCACUGUCGUCACCAUUGUCGACGUCAAGGAGGAACGGCGUGAGGAUGAAUAUGAGGAGGCGCCACUCGCCGGGGCCGCCAUGAAGCAGGAGGACGACGACGACGACGCCGAUCUGUCGCGUCGCGAUUCCCAUUUGCUGUUCAUCAAACAAGAACCCGUGGUUGAGGAGGAGGAGGCAGAGGAGGUGCGAGACUCCGACAGUGGGAGGGGGUCACAGCUGGAAGUCACCUCUGGUGAAGGCCCGGGGAGAGAGCCGUCCGAGCACGCCGGUCGCUCAGCGGGGCGCCGAGACUGCGACGGGGAGGAGGGGGAGGGUGAAAACUUGCCAAUGUUCAUGGAGGUGGAGGUGUGGCUGGAUUACCCUGAUGAAGAGUGCCUGGCAGGCGGCACGCGGGCGGCGGUGCCCGACGAGCCCAACGAUGGCACGGAGAGCGGCGACGAUGGCGAAGCGGAGCCGUCGGGCCACACAGGCGACCAGUCGCCACGCCGGGGUGGGCCGGGACGGGCCGCUCGCCGCCGCCGGGGCCGGCUUGCGGGCCUGCGGACGAGCGGGCGCGGGAAGGGGGGAAGGAUCCGCCGCGGCCGGCGGGCUGCCCGGGGGACGCGACACGGGCGAUGGGCGGCACGCCGAGACUUCCCCAGACGACGCGGGAACGAGGCGGUGCCGAGAAACUUUACCGGCGACCCUCAGCGAGGCGCCGAGUCCCCCUGAAGCGGCCGAGCCUGCGCCGCUCCGAGCGUGCCGAGGGCUCGUCCGGCGGCGGCGGCCGGGAGCUGUGGGGGCUCUUAGAGAAACGCACGACCGCGGUGCGGGGCCUCCCGGGAGCGCCGGAGCCGCGAUCCUCACCCUCCGCGGCGGCGACGACGACGACUGCCGGAACCGCGGGCGAAGCGCCUCGGGUGCGACACGUGCCGCAAGAUGUUCGUGAACAACGCGGGCCUGCAGAUGCACCGCAAGAUGCACGCGCGAGA